GCCCAGAGCGGAGUGUUUCAUGACGCGCUCGCGUGAAUUAUCAUCUAUCCAUUAACCAUCGCUCGCAUCACGAUCUCGAGGAGUGACGCGGAACACGGAGCGCUUUCCGUUUAUCCAGGUAAACAUUAGUGAACACUCUGCGGUUCAAGUCUGUCAUUAACAACGUGUGCCACUGACAACUCGAGCAACUUUAUUUGGAUUAAGACACGUCCCGGGCAUUAAAAUGGUGUCAUGCGUCUGAAAAUGAACUCAUCGUGACUGGAAGACGCGCACCAAAUCUAAAGAGCCCGAAUCUGCUCAGCUGAGGAUCACAACACGGGGGAGACCCAGGCACUGCGAGAAGUUAGCAUUCCCUCAUUGCACCAGCUGUCGGGAAAAGAGCAUCUGCAGACAUUCAUUUCUUCUUGAGAAUGGCUCUGUGAGACCUUCGGAAAGUGCCUACUCGCUUUCACUUUUCCAUUAUACUGAACAUUUGGCAUUUUUGUGGAAAGAGCUACACAGGAUAGUUGUUCAAGAGUGAAACCAGGUCACUUUCAUUGACCUCUGGUCAGUGGGAAACCUUUCCAUUGGUUAGUUUUGAGAAAAUGAACUCAGCUAACUCUUGGAUAGACUCUAUAUGGGUUUUUAACAACGGGAUUCUUAGAAAUAGGAUAGCUAUGACAUGUUUGUUUGCUUUGAGACUUAGUGAGUGAACUCUACCACAGCGAAACAACCAGCAGGUCUCCGUAAGACUUUUACACUGGAUCCUGGAGGGCCCGAGCUUCAUCAAGGUUAUCAUCAUGGUGAUGUCGCAGGGCACCUACACGUUUUUGGUGUGUUUUGCCGGCUUCUGGCUGAUCUGGGCGCUCAUUGUCAUGCUUUGCUGCUUUUGCAGCUUCGCUCAACGCAAACUGAAGCGCCGGCGUGAAGAGAGACUGAGGGAACAGUGCCUGCGAGCACUGGAGAUGGAGCCUUUUGAGUGUACAGGUGGUGGUUACCCCAUCAGAGAGCCCCCCCAGUUCUGCCCAGCAUUUGAAAUGAUGCCCCCACAGUUGCCUGUUACCCACACUCUCCCUCAAGCAAACUGGACUGUCUCUGAAGCAGACACAGAUGUCUUUGGAAAACCUCCUUGCUAUGAAGAAGCCGUAUUGAUGGAGGACCCUCCGCCGCCUUACAGUGAGGUUCUGGCUGACCCAAGAGGAGGAACUUACACCAAACCAUCAACCAGGUCCUCCAGGGAGCAACAGGAGUCUGAAACCAGCAAGAUGGCCCCCAUGACUGUGUUUUCCGAACGUGGCUCCUCCUCCCUCAUACGACUACCUUUUGCCAGGCGCUGGGACUCGCUGGGACACCUUCUGUCCACCAUGGACCUCAACCACAACAAUCUGCCCGUAGAGCCUCAGGCCUCUGCCAUUGCCACCAUGCCUCGUGAAGGCCGGACUCACACAGACUUGGGUCUUCGGGGCCUCCACGGUCUGGAUCAACACUAUGGUUUGCCCACCGCCUUUCCCCUUCUGGGGCGCAGCACAGCAGUAUGAACCCCACAAAAAAAGACCUGCAGACCACGUUCUCGCAAAGCUGAGUCAUACGUGGUAAGACGUGUCUGAAAGAGGCUUUCCAGAUUUUUUCGAUUGCAGUUUUGGGGGCAGAUUAAUUUCAGGAUGAUUCAGCUUAGACUAUCUAUAUUGUUUUCGUGAGAGAGGGGUUCACUGCAGAUCCAUCAUCCUCUCUUUUCUCUCUCAUCCUCCCUCUCUCGCACUCCGUGGCAUCUUCGCCUGAUGCAGAGCAGCAGCUAUUAUGUGAAUGCUGUUGCCAUGGCUCCCGAGAGCUGCCUGCAGCCCACCAAUGCCUCGCCUUCACAUCCUCUCUUUCUCCCUUUCUUCUCAUCUGCGGCCCUCUGAUAUAAUACAAGUGACAUUUCAAACCCUGUCUUUGUAAAUCAGGGUAUAACAUAAUGCAGACACAUAGCAAAGUAACAGUGGUUGGUCUGUACUGUAGCUACACAAUGCUGCUCGACUAUAUCAAUGUUUUUUUUAUAAAACAUGAAACAAUACCUGGUUUUCGAGGUAAAUGUUUCGAAAACUGAUUUUUGUGUGAGUUCCUUUCUCUGGAGGUAUUUUUAACUUUUUGGGGAUUCAAAGCUUCAAUGUAGUCAUUCAAAAAAUGUCUUCUAAAGGAUUCGCUGAAGCUGCGUUAAGAAUUACAUAAAAAAAUAAAUAAAAAAAACAUCUGUAGUCUCCAUUGGAGGAAGAUGACUCCCACAGUUUUUAAUUCAUUAGUCCAUGCAGGUACAUUGAGAGACGGAUUUUUUUUUUUUUUUCAUGUGAUUAGUACAAUCCUUUUUUCUUUUUUAGCAUUUUCAGAAUCUCUGUAUGAAUGAUGACUUUUUGUAAAGCAUUAAAUCAGUCCUCCUAAAGUGCUCCUCAAAUUGAUGAUAGGGCCUUAUAGUGACCAACGAAUGGGAAUCCAGAAUUUUGUAACGUUUUCAUUCUGCACAUGUUGCCAUUUUUACACCCUGCUGUUGUUGCAGCCACACCAUUUGAGAUUUACAGCGUAUUCACACUGGUGCUUGUCCUAGUUAGACAAACUGAAUCCACUUUGGUAGUGCAGCGUGUUUUUCCUCAAUGUGGUGACUGCUGCAUUGUGAAAAGGCUUGAUUUAUUUUUUUUUCUUUUAUCACCAUCAUUUCCUAUUAUGUUUCCAUGCCCUUAAACAACUCUACCUCAAUUCAUCUAAUGGCUGUCUUUGUCAGCUUACCGGCACAUAACACUGCUUUCAUGCAUGUACUGGAUGCUUUCAAAUGACAUUUGAUUAAAAUAAGCUCCAUUUUGGAAAUAUGAAAAGCAAUUGUGGCAUAAAUUCAACAUAAUGUCUUUACAACAUCACAGUGACAUCUUUGGUUCAUGACAAUGAAAUGCUUAGUUUUUUUUAAAACUGGGCAGCCAUUACUAGACUGCCCAAAAAUAACAAAAGCAUAAAGGAAUCAUAUUUCUCACAUUAUGAAAAUCUUCUCUUUUGUUGUGCCUGCUCAUCUUAAAAGGUGUAGGCAUUGUUCCCUUCUUUAUAAUAACCUGUGCAAACGUAUGUAUUGCAAUUACAUUAAGUUAUAUAAUGAUAUAGAAAAAUAUUAUUUUGAUAUUAGUGUAUGGUGACUGAGGCCACCAUUCUGUCUAUCCCUUUAAAGAAAUAUUCCAUGAUUAAUACAAGGUAAACUCAAUCCACAGCAUUUGUGGCACUUACAAUGGAAGUGAAUGGAGACAAUGCAUAAACGUUAAAAUACUCACUGUUUCAAAAGUAUAGCCACAAGACAUAAACAAUAUGGUGGUUAACAUGAUUUUAGUGUGCUAAAAUUGCUUACUAACCUUAUAUCCAAUUUUACAACUUCAUUGCCAAAAUGAUGUAACACUAAGUAAUGACCGUAAAACUGAUGAUUUAAACCACUUUAAAACUUUAAAAGUUUUAACAGAAGAAUGAAUGUAAGUGCUUUCAUAAAAUUGUAAGCUUCACAUUUCUGCUUUUAAACCCUCUGAAAUUAAUUUUGUAGUAAUGUUUGUGCCACAAAUGCUGUCGAUUGAGCUUAACUUGUACUGAACCUGGAAUAUUCCUUUAAGAAAAAGAACACCUUGCUGACCAAUUCAAGGCUGAAGUAUGCCCUCCUCUGUUUUAAAUAAAGAUCGAGAAUGUCCAAUGGAUUAAAUGGCCAAAUGUUGAUCAAUUCAGGGGAAAUAUUAUUUUUUUUGCACAGACUAUCAAUGACUAUCAAGACAAUCAGUGGAAAAAUGUAUUAGCUUUGCAAAAUCACUGCACCUUAAUUUACAAUCAUCUUUGUUUCCAUAGUACACUAAUGCAGCGAUUCAAAAUGCGCCUAUGGCCCAAAAAUAAUUUCACUUUAAAAUGUGUCUAUGUGAAGGGUUUGAGGGGUCUUUUUGGAGAGUGGGUUAGUAAAUACAAUGAUUAUCUUGUCUCAUUUUUAAAUUUAGCUUUUUAAAAUUAUGUUACAUCACGAGAGGCAAAAGACAGAGAUGUAAACUGUCAUCUGUCUGCCAGCAAUGUGUUGCUAUGCGACCGAAACAGAGCCGUGUGAAUCUGUUUACAUAGAUGAAGUGAACAGUUAUAUCACUCUGCUGGGUACACAGUCUCCUCACAUCCACCAUGAUAAGUGGAUGUGGUCUGCAAAUGAGCAUAUAUGAUACAUAUUAUGUACCAAAGGUACCACACUUGUGCCAUUUACAAUGAAAGCCGUUAUCAUUUUAGGCUGACUACUUUUUUGUGAGUACUGUAUAUUUGUUUGGAUAAGAUAGGAGCUAUGAAUAUAGACUCCCAAUUUUUCAUUUCCAAUUUAAAAUCCAGAUUAUUUUCAAUCUAGAUAACUAAUAUUCUUUCUUCAUCACAUGAACUGUGAAUGGCAAACUGAAAGUUUACCAUGCAAUGUCCAUGUAGCAUGCAAAAAUGUGCUUGUGAGUGUGGACACACAAUAAUUGGAGCUAUGUACUAUUUUUUAGCUGCUAAGUAUUUCCAUGAUUAUGUAAGAAUUUUUUAUUUUUUAAAUACAGUAUAUACAAUACAUGGACUGGGCCAAUGAAUGCCAGUAAACUCAAUUCUCAUUAAUAAAACUGAGGUGCAACUGUUGCGAUAAUGUUUGAGCUUUUCUAAUUGUCCAUUUUUGUUCCACACCAUGUCCUAACCAAUCAAAUAAUCUGUCUGUUUACACUAAAGGUGAAAAUGCAGUACUGAUGCGACAAAAUCACAGCCAGUCAGAAUGUACCUGAUGUUUAAUAUACAGUUAUGUGGAGUGGGAGUUUGGACCAAAGAGAUUUCUCUGUGGGUGGGUCUACCCAGUGCAAAGCUACAUUAAAAAAACAAAAAAAAAAACAAGAUACUGACAAAAUGCCACUUGUCGUGGUUGGUUAAAAAUUUUGGAAAUAUAGACAUUGCUAUUUAUUUCUUUUGAGUUGAAAAACAAAAUUUGUCUUAAAGUGUUUUAGAAAGUAACUUACUGUCUUAACUAAUUACUUAAACUUACUAAAAGUAAAUAGUAAUGUGAUAACUUUUUAUAUUAAGUAAUCAGUAGAGUAACCUAAAUUACUAUUUUUGAGAAGUAAUCAGCAAUUUGUAACAGAUUAGUUCUUUUGAGUAACUUACCCAACAUGAAGGAAAAGUACACCAAGUUUUUGGAAGGUUUUUACAGUCUUUUAUUAACAUACAUAAGCACAUAGCAUGUCACAAAAGAUAUUGUGCUUGUUUCAAAAACAGCAUGUGAGAAGCGGACGGAAAAAGGAAGAGAUAGAAAAAAAAAUGUAAUUAAAAAAAGAGAACUUUCAGGAGAUGCUAAGCCUUGCUUCAGGGGCAAAGACGAAAUUACUGUAGUAGAACAGUAGUAGUAGUAGUAAUAGUAGUAGUAGUAGUCUCCUAGUAGUUUGAGGGAGAAAGAGAAUAAUAAUCACUACUAAGGAGGUUGGAGGGUGAACAAGAGUACACUGAAGUCAUUUCAAAAAGGGCAAAGUUACUGUUAAAGAUGCGGGUUACCUCCCAUCGAAAAUCACCAGCUUUAAAACUGAGCAACCUUGUUUUCGCUCUCACGAAACGUUUUAAGAAACCCAAUCCAAAUGUAAGUUUUUCAGGGGCAGGUGAAUCAAUACAUAUUAGUGAUUGUAGUACAUAUUACAUUGAGCACAAACUUAGAGCUAUUUACAGAACAAUACUAUAUUGGUUUCGUCUUAUUGCUCGCUUACUCCACUCAGCAUUUUUGUGAUAAAUUAUUUGUAACAUAAAAUUAAGGUGUAUUAAUGACUGUAAAUAUCAGACUGAGGAAGACAGUAGGUGGUGAUAACUUAGUGGUAAAGGAUGUGGUCAGGUAAAACAAAGUGUACUGGUUGAGUCAAUGGAGAGUCACCAUUGUGCCCUUGAGCAAGCUGCUCAACCCCUAGGAGACCUCUAGAGGAUCCCUGCUAUUAUCUUUGAGUGAAAAAUGUUUUCUAAGUUUCAUGUCAUUUUCAAAUCCAAAUUUCAUUCGAAGGUUGUAAUAUUUUGAGGUCCAUAAAAACAUAUUAUAAAUUGCUUUCGCUGAAGAUAAUCAUUGAAUAACCCCUAAGGUCACAUCACUCUAGACAUUUAAGUCCCGGAUAGAUUGUGAUUAAUCCACUGUUAACUAGCAACAGCACAUACAAAAGAUUAUGAUGGUCAUAUUAAUAUUAUAAUUAAAUUAUGUGGGUUACAUUGGCUUGGAAUGCGUGUGAUUAUAAGAAGUUUCCUUCAUGAUGGGACUCACUCUACUUUGGACUGUGUAAUUAAUCUAAAAACAAUACUCAAAACAUACUCUAUGCAAUUACACAAAUGCAUCUAUCUACGCAAGUCUGAUUUUAUGCAUUGCUGCAUACUGAAAUGUGUCCUAAUACGAUUCGUAACACAACGCAAGCAUUGUAUUCUCAGCCUUGCCACAUGGGGCGCUAUAGCAGGCAUUAUCGUAAACAGUCUUCUGAAGGAAACAAGUGACCGUAGAAGGUCAACCACUGUCAUGACAGUGCAGCAGUUCGAAGGGAAUCUUACCGAGAAAGCUGGUUAAAGUUAAACUGUUGACAUGUUUAUAGCUAGUUAUUUGAAUAAUAACCAGUCCCAAAUGGAAUCUGCAGACAUUUUCCUCAUUUUCUGCACUGAUUUGAAAUCUGUGGAAUUCUGUGGAAGGGAUUUAAACAUAGUAAAAUGUUUUAAAUGGAUCUGAGAAUACUAUACCCUUAUUAAAAGCUUAUUAUAUCAUGAAAUUAUGCACAGAACUUUUACGAAUGACAGAUGUCGCUUUUCUGCGGAGUUCUGCAUACAAAUAAGUUUAUCUAAAGUGAUACAAAUGAGAAAUCUUCUAAAAAUCUAGUUUAAAACACGUGUCAAGUUCAUAGAAAUGUAAUAUUUAAGUCCUUUUGGUUUUACAAAAUUCUUGAAAAACAUCAAUCAUAGCAUUUUCUAACAAAAGAAAAGUUAAUAAAUUGAUUUGAUGGCUUUAAAAAUGUCAUGUGGUGUAACCAUCAAGUAAAAGAUAUUGAAAUACUUUCCUUGCAUCUUGAAUACAUGAGAGUGCAUGCAACUUCAUUCAUUUAAAAAAAAGGUGAAAAAACAUUUAUUUUUUUACAAAUGUCAGGAUUUUUUAAUUUAAAAAUAAAGUUUUCUCAGGGUUACUCCAAAUGACUUGAACAAAAAUGUGAAUUUUCAUAAAAUGUUAUAUGACAAAAUAAUGUUGUUUUUUUUACUUUACAGUCUUUAAGGUCUAAAGGGUCCAUCUCUGUUUUAUGUUUUUUGUCACAUGACAACAAUAUGGCUACCUACAUGUUUGUUACACCACAUUACUUUUAUUUUGUGGACAAAAGUUUUUCAAAUAUUAAUCAUGUUUUAUUUAUAGCUUAUUAAAAAAAAGAGAAAAAAAAUCAACAAAAGAUUAUUGUGCACUACACAUGACAUUUCUUUAUUUUAUUAUUAUUA